CUUCUCCACACACACACACACACCUCUCUUUUUUUCAAAACCCUUUCUACUAUUUUUUAAAAAAAGAGAAAUUCUCCGUCAACCAAAUCAUGCUCGCCGAAGAUGACUCUAAGCCUAUUGGCCAUCCUUUUAUUAAAAUUCAAAAGCAACAGCAUUUCCAUCCUGUCAUCUUGUUCCACGACACCGACAAAAAGAGUGACAGUAUAUCUUAUGGCGACCCAUACUAUCGUCCGCUGAUUCAAAUCAAGAAGAAGAAAACCAAGCAAAUGCUUCAGUCCAACAGUCGAUGGUGGCAGUACAUUACCCAAUCGACUCGAUCCACGCAACAACAACAAAAAGUCGAUACAAUAGUAGCUUCACCCAAACUCUCCACUUCGACGUCAUCCACUUUGUCCUGUUGUUCUAGUAGCUCUUCUUCUACCACGUCAUCAUCAUCAUCCUCCUCAUCCUCUGUCAAUAGUGCCAGCAGCGGUCAAGCCUCGUCUGUAUCACCACCACCACCCCCACCACCGGCUACACCAACGUCUGCUACAACGACAUCGUCAUUGCAACGUCGACCGUCGUUAUCAAAACAGAAUGGUCUGGAUCGCCAUCGUUACUAUCACCCUCAGUCUACUUUGACGUCUACUACGUGUCAACCCGAUCAGCAACAACAACAACAACAACAACAAAAGCAGGGACAACCACCAAGAAAACGCCGUGGUAAUCUACCAAAGACAGUGACAGCCAUUCUAAAACAGUGGCUGAUCGAUCAUUGUCAACAUCCGUAUCCGACAGAAGAGGAAAAGAUUGCCCUGCGUAACAAGACAGGGCUGACACUCAAUCAGAUCAGCAACUGGUUUAUCAAUGCACGUCGGCGUAUUUUGCCCUUGAUCCUAAAAAAGUUGGCGGGAAACGACACCAACAGCAAUUGUUAUUAA